AUGGAGUCGGCUCUCGCUCAAAUCAAGCACUUUGCCUCGAUGGCUGAUGCGGGCACCCGUCGGCAGCUCAUGGUCUCGGUGCACGAGCUGGCUUACUCGCUGGAAGACGUCAACGACACGGUUCACAGAUACGGCUACCUCCUUCUCCAAACCGCCGCUGCCAAGAUUGGUUUCGACCUGGGCAUCUUCAAAUACCUCGCCGCCGCCGACGGGCCCUUGACGGUGGAGCAGGUUGCAGCGAGAACCGGCGCGGAGACGCUGCUCAUGAGUCGAUACCUGAGAUAUCUCGCGUCCAUCGGGGCGGUCCGGGAGACGGCCAAGGCCGAGUAUCAGGCCAACAACGUCACCAAGAACCUCGCGGACAGGGCGGCAGAGGCAGGCGUCUCGCAUUGCUUCGAGACCAUCGGGCCUCAGUACCAAGCCCUGCCCUCGUUCCUCCACAAGACAUCGUACCGGAACCCCGACGACGAGAUGCACACCGUGUUCCAGGACGCGUGGAACACGACCCGGCACGGCUUUGCCUGGUUCGAGGACCACCCGGAUAACCUGCGAUACUUCAACGACUACAUGGCCCUGCGGCGCGGGCCCGACUUGUCCUGGCUGAGCGUCUAUCCCGUCGGCCAGGAGGCCCGGGACUGGGAUCCGCAGCGGCCCGUCUAUGUCAACAUUGGCGGCGGCAUCGGACACCAGUGCGCCGAGUUCAGGGGCCGGUAUCCCGACCUGCCGGGCCGCGUGGUUCUGCAGGACCUGGCGCACUCCAUCGCAAAGGCGCUGCCGACGCCGGGCGUGGAGAACACGGUGCAUGAUUUCUUCGAGCCGCAGCCCGUCAAAGGCGCCAAGUUCUACUUCUCCCGCGGCGUGCUGCACAACCACCCAGACCACAAGGUCCGCCGCUUGCUCCAAAACACAAAGUCGGCCAUGGCGUCGGACUCCAUCAUGCUCCUCGACGAGAUGGUGCUGCCCGAGGUCGGCGUCGAUGCGUACGCUGCCGCCAUGGAUCUGACCAUGCUCUCGGCCUUUGCCUCCAUGGAGCGCACCGAAGCGCAGUGGCGCAGUCUCUUGGAAGACGUGGGCCUGACGCUGGUCAAGACGUAUACGUACAAUCCGCUGGGCUAUGAGACCGUCAUGGACGUGCGUCUGCCUUGA